AUGUACUCUUGUGACAUACUACCAUUACCAGGUUAGCAACUACGUUAUGGAAAGAAUCUUCUUAAUUUAAAUCAUUUAGAUCAAUACUCCAAGUAGGAAUAUAUCAAUAUUAAAAUAAUUAUAGUUUAGAUUAAUAAAGUUCAAGCAGAAUUAGAAAACCGACUAGCAAAUUAAAGUUAAUGAGUGUAUGUUAUUUUAUAUUUAUUUUAGUUACAUAAUUUAAAGAAAGAUGAUGGUAAAAACUUUUAUCAUCAUACUUCUAUUUAUAAUCUUAAGGAAUAUAAUAAUCUUACUAAAUCUCCUGUAUUUUUGUAAGUUAUAUAAAACUUUAUUGUUUUAGUAUGAGUGAUAAUUCUAGUAAUUUAAAUGAAAUGCAAACUAAAGUGCUCUUAACAGACUUUCAGAGAAAAGUUGCUGCAUAUUUGAAGAAGAUUCCAAAACCUAAGAAUAAUUAAAAAUAUUACUCAGAUAUUAAACCACCUGGAUAUUCCAAGGAAUAUGAAACUUAAUAAACUAUUUUACAUACAUAAUAAGAAGAAAUGCUUAAUAGAUCAUUAUGUUUAAAUAAGUACAAUUAUAGACCAGAAUGUAUUUUUAUGAUUUACGUAUUUUAAGUUUCAGAUGUUGGAAUUGAAGUUAUUUUAAUGGAUAGUACUAAAUCCUUAACAAAAUAAAUCAUUCCUAAUGAUAGAAUUGAGAAUCGAUUGCUCAAAUUUAUGGAAAAGUACUUAAAUGAUUAACAUAUCGAUUAUGAUUUAAAGUAAUUUUGCUCUUUUCAUUUAUAUAACGCAGAAUGUAGACAAUGACUUAACAAUACCGUGAUAUUGUUAAAAAGAUCAAAACCAAGGCUUUUAAAAUCAAAGUUCCUGAUAAUUAUUAAGUUUAAAUGAGUGAUUUCAAUGAUUACUAUCAAGUAAAUGAAAAAAAGUAAAGAGAAUAUAUUGAAUAAUAAUUUGAUUCAUUAGCUGAUCAAAUUAUUUAAUCUAUUCAAUAAAGUUCUGAGUCUUUAUCUUCAUAAAGAGAAUCUUAAUAAGAUAUAGAUCUACCAAAACAUUAAACACCAAAUAAAUAAUUACCAGAAAUAUAAUAAAAUUAAAUUAAAGAUAAUAAUUAUGAUGAAGAUGAUGAUAAAAUUGAUGAUAUGAGAUAAUCUAAAAAAAUUGGUAAAUUAAAAGAUUCUAAAAAAUUAACUAAAAAAUAAUCUAUGAGAACAUAAACCUAAAGACCCUCUACUAUUUAAAGAUAGGAUUCCGAUGUUAUUUAACAAUUAAAUGAAUAGGCUAAUCAAAAUAUAAAUCAAUAAAGAGAUUAAAGGUAACCUACUCUAUAAUAAAUUGAACCUAUUCAUGAAGAAGAGUUAAAAUAAACUAUAUAAGAAAUUACUGAAGAAUUAAAAAAACCUCACAAAAAACAUAUGACCAAGGCUCAAAGAGAAGAAUAAAAAAAAAGAAAAAAAGAAAUACAAAGAUUACAUGAAGAUAUUGAAAGAAUUAAAAGAGAAAAAGGAGGAGAUUUUGAAUAUGAAAAAACUGAUUCAGAUAGUGAAGAUAGAUUUAGAAGAUAAAAAAUGAAAAAUUAAUUUGAUGAUAUGUUUAAACCUAAACAACUUUCAAGAAGAUAAUCAGAUAAUUAUGAUCAAGAUAAUGGAGAUGAAUUAGAUUAUGCAAGUGAAUAAGAAAUUGAAGAUAGAACAAAAAUGCAAAGAGUUGAAUAAAUUAUACAAUCAAAAAGAGAUCCUAAUUUUUCAUAUAAUCCUUAAUAAUUUUGGUAAUAAGAAGUUAAAAUCAAUAUUAAAAGACCUUAACUUCCAAAUGUUGUCUCUCAAUAGAGAUAAUAAGAAUAAUUCUUACAAUUCUAAAGAGAAAAACUUGAAUAGCAAAUGUAAAUGAUCAAUUCAAAAUAUUCACCAUAACCUAAUGAUCCUCCUUUAUAAUAACAAUAAUAAAAUAAUAGUCUUUAGUAAUAAAUACCAAAUAGCUAAUAACAAUAGUUCAUUAAAAAUGAUUAAUAAUAGAUUUAAUCCUAAAAUAAAAACUCCCCAUAAUAAUAGCACAUACCUACUCCCUUCUAGGAUGAAAGAAUUAAACAUAAUAGUCAUUAUAGUAUUUAAAAAUCCUUCAAGACUCCACAAUCCAAUCACUCUCAAUAAAAUAAUUAGGAUUCAUUGUAAGGUAUACAAGAUCAUUCUUUCAACACUGAUAACAAAUUAAACUCUCAAGCAUAACUUGCAUAAUAAAAUCAAGAGAUUCCGAUAAAUGGUGAUUAGCAUACAAAUUAAAAUGAACACCAAUCAUAAAAUAUAUAAAACAAUGGAUAAACUGAACAAAAGUCAAAAUAAUUUAAUUCUACUAAAAAGCAAGAUUUACCAAUUUCAGAUAAAAAGGGUAAAACAAUUCCAUCAAUGAGAAAAAUUGAAUAAGAAGAUGAAACCUAGAUUGCUAAAUAAAUUGAGGAAAAAUUACAAUAAGUGUAAUCUACUUUGAAUAAAACCAAAUUUGGAAUGUAUGAGAAAAUGAUGGCAGCAUAAUCAGUUUAUGAUAUUGACAUUCAUGUAAUUAUGACUUUUUUAUUAUAAAGGAAUAUAAGUUGACAGAUUUUCCAUUAAGUCAAACUGUAUUUCCAAAAUUGAAUGGGGAAGAUGAAAAAUAAAUCUUUUAAUAAUUGUAGAUUUAAUGAUAUUAUUUUUAGGUAUGCUUGGCAGAAAGAGGUCUAUAAAGCAAUGCCAAUUUUGCAAUAAGUUAAUCGAAAUCUGAAUGUAUUCAAAAUCUAUAUAUAGGUACCUGACGAAGAUGAAGGAGCAGCUUCAUAAUUAGUUAGUAGUAGUGAUGAUGAAAAUUGA